AUGGCAACACCGGUGUUCGUGCGGUACGACAACAGCUGGGGCGAGAUCGUGGACGUCGAGGAGUUCGAGGUGGCGAGGGCCAUCCUCGCGGGCGACACGCAGCGGCUCAGCCAGCCGAUAGAGUCGAAGUACCUCUUCGAGCUUUGCAUCGCCUUCGGCCAUCAGAGCACGGCGGCCGCUCUGCUGAACCAUGGGGUCCCCGGCUGCAGGGUGGAGGUUUGGCACCUGAGGCCGUUCGCUGGCAAAAUUUCAGCUGCAAGAUGCUGCGGAAGCACGUGGGAGACCUGCGACUUCUGCUGUUGGGGCUCGGAAAUGGAAGAUGGCGUGUGGAUGACAGACUGGAACGCCAAGCUCACGGAUGCGGUCGCGUCGGCCGGGCGGCCCGUGGCCAGCGCAGUGCUCGGUGCCUUGCGCUCGGGUGCGGACUUCCGCAGCCUCGACGUCUCGGAGGCGGCCAUGGCGCGGCUGCUGGACUUGGCCGUCCUCACGGGGGACGCGGACUUGGCGCAGCAGUGCACGCAGCGCUGCGCGCGGAGGCCCCUGAGGCGGUGCUGCUCCGAGGACCUCUUUACAGGCAGAAUUGGGGGGUCCAUAUCUGCCGUGGCGCCAGAUGCCAUGGCGGCCGCCAUCCUUUCGGGCGUGACCUUGCAGGGGCUCAGCUUGAAACAUGGCUAUUCUGUUCCUGGUGCUGGAUUGGUUUUGGUUUCCAUUCCUUUGCGAGAAGCCAUUGCUUUGUGUGGCGACCUGCAGCUCUGGCAGCGCUUAACGGCCUCGCUGGCCAAUCUGACGCUCUCCGAGUAUGAGUUUACCCUUUAUCCGACUUCCGUGGUGGGUCUUGCCUGUCAUGCAUGCGGCGAAAGUGUAGAAAGGCCUGCAGCUGUAGGAACGUCUCCAUAUGUUCGGCCUCGCCUUCUGGACAUGGCUGUCUACUAUGGACAGUCGGCGUGCGCAGAGCUGCUGGCAUCCUGCGCGGCCACCUCUGCCACGGAGUGGACGCGCAAAGCAUGCUUGCCAGACAAACAGUGUGAUUGCUGCGGAGAAGUUGCUGUGGGGGAAGCUUUGUUUGCAGUCGACGCCUCGUCUCUGGGUGAGCGCCGCGUUGCAGCCGGGGCCGCUCUGCGCGCAGCUCUCACCCGAGCCCAGCAGCUGGCCAUGCUUGCCUGGGGCCGUGGGAAGAAAUUGCCGAAGGCCUUGGUGAACAUCGUCCUCUCCUUCGCUGCUGAAAGGACCCAGAUUGCUUGCGUGCUGGACGGGCUCGAGGAGGAGCUCUUGCAGGCGGCAAGCUUGGUCCAAGAGCAUAAGCAUGAGAAGCCCGCUGAAGCGGCACAGGCACCAGAGACAGCUGAAGCAAGGGCAGCCCUCGAAGUCCAGACGGAACGCGAGGAUGCAGAGCAUGCAAAGUCCACUGACGACUUGCUGACGGCGGUGCGCAACAGUAGAGACGAAAGUGUGCCGUUGAGCUCCGAUGGCGUGAUCUGCUUCCGGCUGACGCGGAAGGCCAACGCUCCCCACGUCAACGAGCUACUCUUCGACGCGACUGGGCCCUUAGCCGAGCUGCACCGGCGCGUGUUGGAUGCCGGCUGCGAGGUGGUCCCUGAGUGGUCGCCCGUGAAGGCCCUCUUCGUGCCACUGACGCAGGCGCAGCUGCUGGAGCUGAUUGAUGAUGGCAAUCCGAGAUCUCUGGAGCUGGGUAAGGAGCACAUCUUGGCCUUGCAGAGCGAUGGCACCGUGUUGGACCGAGCUAUCCGCAGCCUGAGCAAGAAGUACCGUCCGCGCCUCCGGCCCACAGUUCGCACAGAGGGCGAGGAGGAGGAGGAUGAGGAUGAGGCCGUGAUCCAGGUGGAGGGUGGUCUGCGCACGGACUCCAGCGUGGGUUUCCCGACCUAUGAGGCUUGA